AUGUCCAAAGCUUCAAGAAAUGGAAAACAAAAAACAUGUUUUAUGUAUAUCUUUGCUACACUUGUUCUUCUUCUCCUAAUUAUAGCAGUUGCACUUCUCAUUGUAAUUGUCAUUAGACAAAAUGACGAUGACAAUGAUUCAAAGACGGAUACGUCGACAACAGCUCAACCACAAAAGCUUUCAAAAACAAUUGUUGCGAUGGUGGAUACGUCGGAAAAUAUCAAUUCAACAAUAAAGGAGAAUGAACUGACAUUUUUGUCUCGCCAUCUGAUUCCAAAGUUUAAAAAAGAAUUUUUGUCUGCCCAUCUCGCUAAAGACCUUGAAGACAGCUAUGCAAAAGGUAACUCAGGUGUAGAUGUUCAAUUUCUUGCUGUUGGGUUUUCCGACGGUGUCAGUACAUCUACACCACUGAAGUUUGCAAGCCUUGAUGACAACGAAGCAGUUCAGUCGAUGAUCACAGAAAUAAGGAAUUUGCCUAUCAAAGGCGGAAUUGAUUUAUCAAAGUCAUUAGAAGACAUCAAACGUGAGCUGUUAAAGAAAGUGCAAGCUUCAGUUGUACUGCAAGCUUCAGGAAUUGGAAUAAACAGUCUUGCAGCAGCCACAGCAGCAAAUGAUAUCAAAAAUGCUGGACAUCAAAUGAUGGUUUUGGGUCUGAUGGAAAAUAUGACGGCGUUAGAAGAAUUAGCAUCCAGUAGUUCUUUUUUCAAUGCUACCUGUGUAGCUGCCGGCGAUGAAAAUCAAAUGGAAACGCUAUCUGGAGAAGUUGCCGAUAAAACGGAACCACCGGCUACAACCACGCCUCCCACAACUUCGCUUGGACCAGUUACUGGAACUGCAUCAAGCACAACGGUUCCAACAACCACCACAACACGUAGACCUACACCAUCACCUGUUCCAAAACCUAAUAGUUACAGAAUCCAAAUACAGUUUUUACGUGACGAUUUGCUAAAAGAAUUGCAAGAAAGAGACACUAAACAAUCGUCAAUUCAAAUCAUUCCUUAUGCGUUCGAUCUUAGUCCGGACGUCGAAAAUUACGUACCAUUAGCGAACAACUCCGACCUAGAACCAGAACUUGUAGGUGCAAAAUUGGCCAAAUUGACCACCUUCAUGACACCACUAGACGAGAAUUUCUUGGGACAAACGUUCGAUCAGUUAGAUAAAGGUAAUGGAGAAAAUUAUCCAAGCCAUAUAAUAACAUUCGUCAGCGGUAAAGGAAAAGACCAUAACACAGCUGCUGACUUUAUUUACUAUCACAACUACAGAACACAGUUCAUUACUGUGGUCUUAAACACUCAAAUUAGCGAUUUCCUGGAUAUUUGUAGUAGUCCAGCAGAUCUUAUAGAUGCUACCAAAUUUUAUGACAGUCAGAAUCGGGUCAAUAUUUCAAUCCGAAUAGCUGAAAGAAUAUUCCCUCAAAUAACUGCACAAAAACCAGCUAAACUUGAAGUAACUGCUAUUAAACCAGCAAAAGAAAUAAAAAAAGACGUUGAAACUUCAACUGCGAAGACAACAGUUACCAAAUCAGAAACAACUGUAAAUAUUGAAGCAAUGAUAGCCGCCCAACCACCGCUAACAACAGAUAUUAUUAUUCUUGUAGAUGCAUCUGGUGCAGAACUUUCCAGAACAAAAACUCAAACCGAUUUCACAGAACUUCAACUUCUCCCAAAAUUAGUCACGAAACAAACCGAAAGAAAGCAACGUUUUGCCAUAAUACCACAUGCCUACUACUGCAGUGCAGACGUUGAAAACUUUGUCGACGAUCCAACUCGCGUCACCGAAGAGCUUGAAUACGCCCUGUUAGCACCAUUAUCCACUUUUCAAUUUCCACUUGAAGAAUUACGAAUUGCCAAUACAUUGAAACAGAUAACUGAGUCGACGCUUCUGAAUGGUACAGAUGUCAAAUUAAUCUUGAUGGCUUCCGGUCCAGGAGUCAAUAUUACAGAUGCAAUUGAAUAUUUUGACGCUAUUAUUGCCUCAAAAACUCAGUUCGUCGUAGUGGCAUUGAAUGGAACCAUCGAUGAGCUUUCGGAAUUUAAAAAUCAAAUCAUAGAUGGUCAAGCAAUAGAAAGUGGUGACCAACAAGUUAGUUAA